GCUAUCUAUUAGAUUUCAAACAUUCUAAGUAUAUAUAGAACCUUAUGGUGUGUUAUCGUAAUAAGGUUAUAGUCCAUAUUUGUACACUGUACAUUUAAUGUUUAGUGGUAAAUCUGAGGACUUAUAAUACUAGUAAUCGAACCUAGAUAGUUCUAGUGGGCACAGCAUAGAUAGCCCAUCAUUGUACUUAUUUUUCUCACCUUGUGUUUAGGUUUUCCAGGAAAUGCAGCAGCUGGAUCCAGAGAGUGAAAAUCCUGAACUUGUAGACAGGUUUAACAGUCUUUUCCAGGAAUUUCAUAGAGAAGCUUCCCUGCUGCUCAAUGAGCUGAUGAAUUUAGAAAUGACUCUGAUAGACCAACUAGAAGAGAUACACAGGGAGUUUGAGCAUCAGUUAACAGAGAUGGUCAGUAGUUUUGUGGAAGUGGUUCAGGCUUACAUGACUCAGCUUCGAGAACUGGAACAAGUCUACACAGAACAUGUCAGUGAGCUGACGAUAUCUUGUCUGGAAAGGUUUAUUAGAAAUGAUGCUGAACUGGAUCUACCAGAAGGCCUGCAUGUUGUGUUUGUUGACAAAGACACAGUUAUGAGUGCGAUAAGUAGCUCUCACGAACAACAUCUUGCUGUUAUUGAUGAACGUGAGGAUACUCUUGUAUCCAGGAUUUACACGUGGAUGAACGAGCUUGUGAACGAGUUAAAUUUGGAAGAACAGGACAGAAACAGACACAAAGUCCUGGAAAUCAACCAUUUCAUAGACAACCAGAGAGAAGAGGUGGAUGAACUUCGAGAGCUCGGUAGUCAAGAAGAAAUAGACUAGUGGUUAUAUUCAUCCACAGAAACGUGAAUUGUUCUCAGUUGAAAAUCUUUAUAUAUGUAUAUAUCCAAAUGUAAAAUUUCAUUAGUAGGAUAAGGUAAUAAAAUAAAUGACAUUAAAA